UGCAUCUUUUCUAUACAGUUACCUUAUGCCUCAAAUAAGACUGGGUCAAAAAUGCUUGACCAAAGCCUGUAUAAUAAUUAUUAGCAUUAUUUAUAAGGUAAAGAACAAGUUUCACACACCAGCAGCUUCAGUAAAGCAAAAAUAACGACAGAUCAUUGAAACUGUGAACUUGAGAAAACAGCUAUACUGUUAUUAAAUGAUUCUUCAGACUGUUUUUUAAUCAACGGGACUCUAAAAUAAAAAGAAUGACAACUAUAGCAGAUUACAACAUAGAUUUCCAUUGAUUUCUUAAACCUGUUGCAAGGUGAGAAGCUUUAAUAAACAUAACUGGACUAGUUUAGCCUUAGUUGCAUUUUAGUUUUAUCACAAUCAACUCGAUUCUCGACUGCAUAAAAAUACUUUCUUGGCAUAUUGCGUUGCAAAACUUUGAAGUGUGUAACCGAUCGCAUUUCUAGUUUAUGUUAAUUAGCUUAUACGGGCUAAGUUAAUUAAAACAGCUUAUAAGGGCUGACUUCGCGUUAGAAUCAUAACACAAAACAGGGAACGUAAAUCACCUUGUUUAUUUUUAAACUGAGGUGAACAGAGCGAAGACUUUACAGUGGAAAGAAAACUGCAUUGUAUUGCUCCAGCGUCACAUUGUGUAAACUGCAUUUAUAGUAAGGAAGUGCACAUAUGCAGAUAUCAUAGCAAAUAGCAGUAAAUACACACACCUUGCUCUCUUGUGAAGUUCACGCGCACUGUGAGACCGUGGAUUGAAGACGGCGCUAACACGCAGAGUAAAGACGGGGGCGGAGCUAAGAGGGCUCAGCUUAAGGGGGUUGCGUUUGCGGCACAGUCCUUGGCUGGGGCCCUCAAAAGUUCAUGGGCCCUUAGAAUCGUCCUAACUUUUCCCCCCUUUACGGCGCCCCUGCACUGGAGAGAAACCUUACACAUGUCAUCUGUGUGGAAAGAGUUUCAGAACAAAAGCUCACCUUAGAGCACACAUGAGGAUUCACACUGGAGAGAAACCACACGCAUGCCAUGAGUGUGAAAAGAGUUUUAAAACUGCAGGUGACCUUAAACAACACAUGAGGAUUCACACUGGAGAGAAACCUUACACUUGUCAAUGUGGAAAGAGUUUCAGAACAAAACCUAACCUUAAACAACACAUGAGGAUUCACACUGGAGAGAAACCUUACACUUGUCAAUGUGGAAAGAGUUUCAGAACAAAAGGUCACCUUAAUGAACACAUGAAGAUUCACAACGGAGAGAAACCACAUCCGUGCCAUCAAUGUGGAAAGAGUUUUAUAACUGCAGGUGACCUUAAAAAACAUUUGAGAAUUCACACUGGAGAGAAACCUUACACUUGUCAACAUUGUGAAAAGAGUUUCCCGGAUAAAAGUCACCUUAAGAGACACAUGAUGACUCACACUGGAGAGAAACCUCACGCGUGUCUUCAGUGUGAAAAGAGUUUCAGAGAUAAAACGAGACUUGAGGCUCACAUGAGAAAUCACACCGGAGAGAAACCUUACAUAUGUCUUCAGUGUGAAAAGAGUUAUACAAGUGAAGACAAUCUUAAGAUACACAUGAGGAUUCACACAGGACAGAAACUGUUCACUUGUCAUCACUGUGGAAAGAGCUUUAGGACAAAAGCAAACCUUAACACACACAUGAGAAUUCACACUCAAUAGAAACCAUUCAUGUGUCAACAGUGUGGAUAUGGCAACCAAGUUUAUAAAUCAGCUGAGGUCUUAUUAAUAAAACGGUCUGGAGGAUCUUUACUAAAAGUCUACAUGUGCACAAAAGGCCAAAAUGGUGUACAGCAAAAAAGAUUCAGGCCGUUUCUCAAUCUGCGUUCUUGUUGGUUCUUGUGAAACGUCAUCAGUCGUGGCCCAAGUACUGUUCCAGUUCCAUGUUCACAUCAAGUCAAGUUCACAUAACAUCCCCGGAUGUGUUCUUGAUCCACUCAUUUUAUUGAGGAUGCAUCAGAAUGUGACUUGUGUAGACUUAUGACAGCCAAGUUUCCCAGAAUGCAUUUCACGUUAACGGCAAAGGAGCAUAAAAUUGGAACAAUAUUCAAAAUAUUACUCUUUCUGUGUCAUAAAAUGUAGCUGUUUGUCGAGAAUAUACACUCUAAAAAAACAAACGGUGCUAUAUAGCACCAAAACUGUUGAUUUGAAUCGUAACCAUAGAAGAACCGUUUUUAGUGCCAU